GGGAGGGUGAGCGUCAUGGCGGCGUCGGGCCCGCUCCCGGUGACCCAGGACUUGUCCACGUUGCGCGCGAAGUUGCAGGGGCUGCUGCGGUUCCUGAGAGAAGCCCUGUCCAUUUCUAAUGCACAUACAGUAGACUUCUACACCGAGUCCGUGUGGGACCAACUGGUCGACUUGCCUCCGGAGACGGUGCUGGAGGUGCUGAAGAGGUCGACGGCGGCGGCGGAGGCGGAGGCGGCGCGCCCCCUGGUGGAAGCCGACGGAACACCAGGUAUUACUGAUUUUCCUGAAAUAUUUUGUGGAAUUUCUCAGAAGCUAGUUAGUGUGGAAGCCUUUGCUCUAGCUGCAAAAUAUUAUUCUGUACAAAACUUGGGAAUAUGUACUCCUUUUGAACAGUUGCUUGUAGCCCUUCAAGGAACUCAAACACAGAAAAUUGGUGAAAAUGUGAAGCCAGAUGAGUUUAUGAAUUUGAAAAAAUCUCAUGAAGUUCAGGCAAUGUCCGCGCUGAUCAGCAGUAUUGCUGAUUACUGUGGAAUAAAGCAGGUAAUUGACCUAGGUUCUGGAAAAGGCUACCUAAGCUCCUAUUUGUCCUUGAAGUAUGGCUUAAAUGUUUAUGGAAUCGAUUCCUCAAAUACCAAUACUCACGGAGCUCAGGAGAGAAACAGGAAGUUGAAGAAACAUUGGAAAGUCUAUCAUACUCGGUCAAAAUUAGAUGUCAGUGAACUGGCAUUAAAAAUGGCAAAAGAAAAGAAAAUGCAAGAUCACACUGAAAACAAAGCAGACAUGGAGGGAGUACGUAACAACAAUCCUACAAAUCAAGAAAUGAUGUCUACAUCAGAUUUUUUGCCAGAUUUUUCGAGCUCUGUAAUUUCUAACAUCAGAAAACAAAUGGAAAACCUACAUGUUUAUUCACAUCAAGAAGAAAAGUUGUGUUUUGAAAAUGCCUUUUCCCCUAUAGACCUUUUGCCUAUUAAUGCCAUAGAACCUGCUUCUUCAACCCAAAUACCUGAGAGAAAAAUGUCUGAAGCAAAUAAAGAGAGAAAAAAUGCAUCAGAGUCAAGUGAAUCAAAUAUAUACUCACCUUUAACAUCUUUUAUUACUGCUGAUUCAGAACUACAUGAUAUUAUUCAAGAUCUGGAGGAUUGCUUGAUGGUAGGUCUACAUACUUGCGGUGACCUUGCUCCAAAUACUCUGCGAAUAUUUACCUCCAAUUCUGCAAUCAAGGGAGUUUGCAGUGUGGGUUGUUGCUACCACCUCUUAUCGGAAGAAUUUGAAGAGCCACAUAAAGAAUGUACCGAAGAAAAGUGGGGAUUUCCAAUGUGCCACUAUUUAAAGGAAGAGAGAUGGUGUUGUGGUCGCAAUGCCAGAAUGUCAGCCUGUUUGGCACUGGAGCGGGUUGCAGUUGGCCAAGGGCUGCCUACUGAAUCACUCUUCUAUCGUGCCGUCCUUCAGGAUAUUAUUAAAGAUUGUUAUGGCAUCACCAGAUGUGAUCGGCAUGUUGGUAAAAUUUAUUCCAAAUCCUCCUCCUUUCUGGAUUAUGUCAGGAAGUCUCUAAAGAAGCUUGGAUUAGAUGAGUCCAAGCUGCCAGAAAAAAUUAUAAUGGACUACUAUGAGAAGUAUAAGCCUAGAAUGAACGAGCUGGAAGCUUUUAAUAUGUUGAAAGUUGUUCUGGCCCCUUGUAUAGAGACCUUGAUUCUUUUGGAUCGACUCUGCUACCUGAAAGAGCAGGAAGAUAUUGCAUGGUGUGCCCUCGUGAAGCUGUUUGACCCUGUGACAUCUCCCAGGUGUUACGCUGUCAUUGCUCUGAGGCGCAGCAAUGAUUCCAAUUGCAGCAGGUAUUAGACGUCUCCGUUUAUGGAACUUACUCCUAAGUUUACUUUUCUACAUGUUUAUGUCAUGCUGUAUAAAUAUUUUUAAAACACUGCCUUCCUUGUAUUUGAAAUAAACAAUAAAAUAAUAGUUAACAACAGAAUACCAUAAUCCAUUUUCUCAUUGUCAAAGGAUACAUUUAAUAAAAUAA